ACGCCCGCGCUGUACGGGACGCCCAUUGAGGCAGCACGGCGUGCACCGGGCGGACACGUGACGUUAUUGCGGGAUGCUCAUUAAAGCAGCACGGCGUGCACCGGGCGGCACGUGACGUGUGACGUUACUGCGGGAUGCUCAUUAAAGCAGCACGGCGUGCACCGGGCGGCACGUGACGUGUGACGUUACUGCGGGAUGCUCAUUAAAGCAGCACGGCGUGCACCGGGCGGCACGUGACGUGUGACGUUACUGCGGGACGCCCCCGCCCCGCGCGCCCCUCCGGCGGGAAUGGCCCCGCGCGCGCCGCCUCCGCUCGGCAGGGUGGGGGCGGGGCUCUGCGGGCGCGCGCCACCAUCUGCCCCUCGCGAUUGGUCCUCCCCCGUCACGUGCCGGUCUGCCGUCCCGGCGGCGGGACGCAGGGCGAUGACGUAGGGCCCGCGCGGCGCGGCGGCCGGAGCCGCCUUCGUUCCCUUUUGUCCAAGAUGGCGGCGGCCGCCGGAGGCGUCUCCUGAGCCGCGGGCCCCGGCGCCAUGAAGCGGGGCAGCGAACGGGACUCUAGCCCACCGGGGGCUGGGGGAGGUCGCGCCGCCGCCGCCAAGAGGCCCCGCGAACGCGAACGUGAGAGCAGCAGCCGGCGCGGCCCGCACCGGAGCUCGGGCGCCUCCCGCAGCAGCCGGGACAAGUCCACGCCCGGCGGUGGCGGCAGCAGCAGCGGCGGAGGCGGCGGCACCACCAGCGGCGGCAGCAGCAGCGGCGGAGGCGGCUCCAGUUCCCGCAGCCAUCGAGGCGAUGAGCGCGCCGGAGGCGGCAGCGGUGGCGGCGAUUCCAACCACCGCCCGGCGGGGAGCGGCUCGGCCUCGGGCGCUCGCGGCGGCAGCCAGGCCGCCCCCUCUUCCUCCUCUUCCUCCUCGUCGUCGUCCCGGGCCCUCGGCGUGCCCAAGGCCAAGGCCCUGCCGGGCGCUGUGGUGGCCCCCUCGCUGCUCCUGGCGGGGCCACCGCCGGGCGCCGCGCCCUCGCUGCUGCUGGCGCCGCUCGGGGGCUCGGCGGGCCUGGCCGGGGAGCCGCCCGGCUCCUGUGAGUACAAGACGCUGCUGGUGAGCGGGCUGAGCGCGGCCCUACCCGACCAGCUGCUGGAGGACGGCCUGUUCCGCCUCUUCCAGCGCUUCGCGGGGGGGGGCGCCGGGGACAUCAGUGUCAAACUCUCCCACACGCCUGAGCUCGGCCGCGUUGCCUACGUCAACUUCCGACACCCCGGGGACGCCCGCGAUGCCCGCCGGCAUGCUCGAGCUCGACAGCUGCUCCUCUACGAUCGGCCCCUCAAGGUGGAGCCGGUGUACCUGCGUGGGGGCCGGAGGAGCCGCACGCCACCGCCGGCGCCCUCUCCGGAGCCCCUGGGCUACCUGCCGCCCAUCCACAGCACCUACCAGUACAAGCAGAGAUCGCUGUCUCCUGUCACCAGCCCUUUGCUGCGGGAGCCACGGCCCAGGCAUGCUCACGCUGCAGCUGCCGCUUUUGCUUUGGAAGCCGCUGCCAUAGGGCUCUCCCGGGAGCGGGAGAGGGCCCUGGACUACUAUGGGCUGUAUGAUGAGCGUGGCCGCCCGUACAGUUACCCCAUCGUGGCUGAGGAAGACCUGAUGCCGGAGGACGAUCAGAGAGCAACCCGCAACCUCUUCAUUGGCAACCUGGACCACAACGUCUCAGAGGUGGAGCUGAGACGUGCCUUUGAGAAGUAUGGCAUCAUUGAAGAAGUGGUGAUCAAGCGCCCUGCCCGUGGCCAAGGUGGGGCUUACGCCUUCCUCAAGUUCCAAAACUUGGACAUGGCACAUCGGGCCAAGGUUGCCAUGUCAGGCCGCGUUGUUGGCAGGAACCCUAUCAAAAUUGGCUAUGGGAAAGCCAACCCAACUACUAGGCUGUGGGUGGGAGGUCUUGGUCCAAGUACUUCCCUGGCCGCCCUGGCAAGGGAGUUCGACCGCUUCGGCAGCAUCAGGACUAUUGACUACGUGAAAGGAGACAGCUUCGCUUAUAUCCAGUAUGAAAGCUUGGAUGCUGCCCAGGCUGCCUGCGCACAGAUGAGGGGCUUUCCUCUGGGCGGACCAGAGAGGAGACUUCGAGUGGAUUUUGCCAAAGCAGAAGAGACGAGAUACCCACAGCAGUACCAGCCUGCACCGCUCCCUGUGCACUACGAACUGCUAGCUGAUGGGUACAGCAGACACAGAAGCCUAGAGCAAGACUUGAGGGUGCGAGACAGGACUCCUCCACACCUCCUGUACUCGGACAGGGAGAGGAGCUUUGCAGAGGCAGAGUGGGCCAGCCCUGCUAAGAACGCAGAGCGCCGAAACAACUUGGAAAGCUACAGCCGAUCAGUGCGUAGCCGGAGCGGAGAGCGCUGGGGCAGCGACAGCGAUCGCAGCGUGCCCAAACCAUGGGAAGAGAGGCGGAAACGCCGGAGUCUUUCCAGUGACCGCGGGAGGACUACUCACUCGCCUUAUGAGGACAGAAGCAGGACAAAGGCCAGUGGGCCAGCUUUAGAUCGCAGCCCAGACAGGGCUCGCAAGGAGAAUCACACUACAGAAUCUGGAGCUGAGAAAGAGCAGAGUAACUCCCUUCAGAACAAUCGUCAUGCGACUGAGGAGAAACCACAUCGUGAGGCAUCUGAUGCUCCCCAGCCUAAAAAAAGGGACAGCGAACGCAAUCAUCGAACUGGUGAAUCGGAAUCAAAAACUCAUGAGGAGCCAAAAUCUGAGACCAAAAAGCUAAAGAAUUUAUCAGAAUAUGCUCAGACACUGCAGCUUGCUUGGAACGGGCUUCUUGUGCUUAAAAACAGCUGCUUCCCCACCUCUAUGCACAUCCUGGAGGGAGACUUGGGUGUCAUCAACGGGCUCCUUAAAGACCAUUCAUCUGGCGGGAAGUUAACGCAGCUCAAAAUCGCUCAGAGACUUCGGCUCGACCAGCCUAAGCUGGAUGAAGUGACUCGCCGAAUCAAACAAGGCAGCCCCAACGGCUACGCUGUGCUCCUGGCAACCCAGUCCGCCCCGGCAGGGGCUGAGGGGACCUUCCCUGUUGUAGAGCCUGGCCUGCAGCGACGGCUUCUCAGGAAUCUGGUCUCCUACUUGAAACAGAAGCAGGCUGCUGGGGUUAUCAGCCUGCCCGUGGGAGGGGCGAAGGGCAGAGACAGCACAGGCAUGCUUUACGCUUUUCCUCCUUGUGAUUUCUCUCAGCAGUACCUCCAGUCAGCACUAAGGACAUUGGGGAAGUUAGAAGAAGAACAUAUGGUGAUAGUUAUAGUCAAAGACACUGCCUAGCCCACACUGUCUUUUCAAAUUCCAUGUUUUCUUUGUGUGUCACACAACCCAGUUGUUUUUAAGGCCGAUCAUUUUGGUGGAGGCUCAAAACACCUCAAUCAAAGUGGUAAGAUUGUUAGUUUCUAAUUAAUUUUAAUACCAUUUAAAUAGAGCCCAUUUUAUUCGUUUUUAAUAUGUGACACUGUCCGCUGUUGUUCUGUAUUUUUAUUUUUUAACUGUUUGAAAAGUUGUCAGUAAAGCCUUGUUCACUGAUGGAUUUCUAAACUUGUGCAGUAUCCUAGUUUUUAUGGUCCAGGAAGGGCUGGUUCCCUGUGCUGUCAGGAGCUGGAAGGUGAUGGCCCCAACCCAUUUCAGUCUCUCAGACCCCAGCCUCCUGCAUCUCCUCCAUCUCUUUAUACCUGUCCUGCAGGGUGGGAGGGGAAGGGAGGGUUCUUCUUAGUGCUGUGUGAGGGACUGGAGGGUUGAAAGGUUGAUUUUCUUUUUUUUUCCUGUCCUGUUGCUUUUUAUUUCAUAAAUUUGAGUCUGGAUGCAUUCCUAUUUGAUUCUCUAUUUCAGAAGAGAAGCAUCCCAGGACACCAGCUACCGAGAAAAAAAAUCAUGUUGGAAGUGCAACAAAAAAAUCAGUUAGUAGAGGUUGCUACAUUGGCUACAAGGGAGGUAACUCUGUAGUCAGUUCCGUGAGGUUUGAGAGCACCUGAUACAUGUCUCAGUCAGCAGUUCUUGGGUGAUAGAACAAUGAAGAUUGACAUUUCCUGCCUUUCAUAAAAGGAAAAAAAGAAGGCAGGAGGAAAAGAAAAGUAAUUUAAGGGGAAACCCUCUUGGGCCUGCUUUAGGUGUAGACAAGCAAGUAAAGGGCACAAAGGGUUUUGGUGCCCAUCUGCAUAGUCAAUCAUGUUGCACUAUGUGAAAUCUGAAAUCCUUUAUUGAAAAUUAAGCUGCAAUUUUUUUUUCCUAAAACUGAAACUUAGUUGUAGGCUUACCAAAAAAAUUAAAAAGAAAAACAGAAAAAGAGAAACCUGCCUGGCUGGCUGAAAAAAUGUGUUAUUUUACUACACCUGUCACCUGUCUGUGACUAUAGGGAAUUCCAGAGAUCAACAUUUGGAUUUUAAGAUGGGAUUGGACCUGUCACCUUUUCUGUCUGUGGUGUGAGACAGUUGUUCAGGAGAGCAGCCAGGACAUCUGCACCUCUGAUUGUUCAGCAAUGCUAAAGAUGUGGUAACUAGUUCAAAUUUGAGUUAAAAAUCCAUAUGUCUCAGUUUGGGGAUAUUUUUAGUUUUGGAAACGCUGCCUGUAGAUUUUGGGAGGCUUGCAGAAAAUCGUAUGGGAUUAAAAACACUAAAAUGUAAAGUUUCUUUAAUUUUUUCAGGUUUUUUUGGUUCUUGUUGCUUUAGUGGUAAGCAAGUGAACAAUGUCCUGAGAGAACCAGAGUCUUGCAGCAGUCUCCAUGACUGAGCAGACUCACUUGCUGAUGGCUGCCAAAGGCCCUUUUAAAACUGCUCUCAGGUAUGAUUGGUCUCAAAACCUAUAGAACAGGGAGCAUAACUCAGUCAAACGAUCCCUUCUUUUUUCUCUUAUUUUUUUAACCCUGCCAUUUCACAGUAGGGAACAUCAUCAGCUGAUGAUGUACAAGCAGUUGCUUAAUGUAUUGAUAUCAGCAAGUAUGGGUUGGUUUGUUGUUGUUUUUUUAACAUUUAAUACUGUGAUUAUAUUAAAUCUAAUGAGUUAGUGAGAGGGUUAGUAUUUCACUUGCUGACGCAUCUUCUGUACCCCAGAAAAUGUAAUUCUGUCCGUAAGGGCCCAAGUACAGCUCCAAGGCCAUGAGGGUUUUGUCCAUGGUGGGCACUGUUCAGUAAGAGGAGAGCUGGCUCAUCUGUUAGGAGGAGCAGCAGGGUUCUGGGAAUGCCAAACUGGCUGUGGGAGAAGAGAAGCACCACUGCUGCUCCCAGCAGCUGAGCCAUAUCUCUGGCCUCACCAUGCUGGGUUGCAUUGGGCAGCACAGAGCUACCCUCCAGAGCACCAUGGCUGCAUGGCGUAGGGUAGCUGGACUGCCCCUGGUUUUACACGGUUACAGCAACACUGACUUUUAACCUUGUGACCCAGUCCCCAAUGCUGUUGUAAUGUAGACAGUGCCAAAAUGUCAACAAUUGUAACCGUUAAGUGUUAUCUGAAACCAAGUGCUAUUAAAUGCCCCUUAUGGCCAGA